GCCUGAGUGUUAUUCAUAUUUGAUAUAUAUCUAUAGAUUCUAUAAAAAAAAUUUUUCAAACAAACAAAAUUGAUUCCAAAAAACCAAAAAUAAUCAUUCCAAAUUUUCUUCAUUUCUUCAUUUGGAACAAAUUUUAAAUAGAAUGUAUACUGAUCAUCAGCAAAAUGAUAAUCCAAAUGAUUCGAAUGUUACGCAACUUGUAAAUACUACGAAUAAUGAGAAUUCGAAUUCGAAUCUUUUGAUUGAUUCGAAUUCAUCACCACCACCAGCAGCACCACCACCACCACCAUCAACAACUGAUAAUCAAGAUUUAUUAUUAUUGCAUAAUCAUCAUCAUCCUCAUCUAGAUCAUCAAAAUGAAUCAACAACAACAACUACGACUCAAAUUAAUUCAUCAAAUCAAUCAUCUUGUAUGGUUGAACGAUUAAUUUCCAUACCAAAUGAUGAUGAUGAUAAUGAUAAUUUUCAAGAUAUUCUAGUUCAACAUGAUGAUAAUUCUUUUCCAAAUGAAUCAAAUAUGAAUAAAAAAAUAUCGAAUGGUGAUUGUAUGAUGGUAAAUGGAUUGAUUACAUCACCACCACCGACAACAACAACAGCUACCGUUACCAUAUUACCUGAUGUUGCAUGUGUUUCAACAUCAUCUGCAACGAUUAUUGGACAACAACAUGUGUCAUCAAUGAUUCAUUCAUCAUCAUAUGGUUCAAAUCAAGAUAAUGAAAAUCAACCAUUAUUAAGACGUUGUUUUGAUAAUGAUAGUAUACAAAUUAUAAAUAAUUAUUUUCCUGAUGAUCAAGAAUUUAAUCAAUUAAUACGUGAUGUUGAACAAUCAAUUGAUAAUGGUUUCUUACCGAAACGUAUAUCACAAGGUUCAAGUGGUAGCUAUUUUGUUAAAAAUCAUGAUGGAACUAAAAUCAUUGGCGUUUUCAAACCAAAAGAUGAAGAACCAUAUGGCCGUUUAAAUCCAAAAUGGACAAAAUGGAUGCAUAAACUUUGUUGUCCUUGUUGUUUUGGUCGUUCAUGUUUAGUACCGAAUCAAGGUUAUCUAUCUGAAGCUGGUGCAUGGAUUGUUGAUCGUAAAUUACAGCUGAAUAUUGUUCCAAAAACUAGGAUUGUAAAAUUGGCCAGUGUAACAUUUAAUUAUUCGGCAAUUGAUCGAGCUAAAUCAAGAACGAAAAAAAAUGUAACAGAAAGAUUUCCCAAAGUUGGUAGACAUUUUAAUCGAAUUGGUUUACCACCAAAAGUUGGUUCGCUACAAAAAUAUGUUGAAAAUUAUGAAGAUGCUUGUAUAUGGUUAAGAAAAGCUGAAACAUUAUUAGAUGAAAAUUUAUUAGAAAUUUUUCAAUUAGAAUUUGAAAAAUUAGUUGUUUUAGAUUAUAUUAUACGGAAUACUGAUCGUGGAAAUGAUAAUUGGCUUGUUAAACAAGAAUAUAAUGAUGAUGGUGAAUUAAAUUUUAUAAAAAUUGCAGCCAUUGAUAAUGGUUUAGCAUUUCCAUUUAAACAUCCAGAUGAAUGGCGUGCAUAUCCAUAUUAUUGGGCAUGGUUAUCAUUUGCUAAAAAACCAUUUUCCGAUAAUAUUUGUCGAUUAGUUUUACAACAAUUAUCUGAUAUGAAUUUUGUACAAGAAUUAUGUGAUGAAUUAUUCAAUCUAUUUUCGAGUGAUAAAGGAUUUGAUCGAAAUAUUUUUGAAAAACAAAUGUCCGUUAUGCGAGGACAGAUCUUAAAUCUUACACAAGCCUUGAAAGAUCAAAAAACACCACAACAAUUAAUACAGAUGCCGGCAAUUAUAAUGGAAAAAAGUCGUAUGCCCAAUGCGGGUGGUAAAGGACGUUUACGUACAAUGAAAGAUAAUUUUACACAAAGUUUUCAACGAAAAACGCCAUUCUUUUCAUGGUUUUAAAUAUUUCUUUGAAAAAAGGGGCUGAAAUUCAAAAAAAAAAUUUUAUUUCAAAAAACAACAAACAAACAAAAAAAUCAUUUG